UGUUCCAUAUCCCCUUCUAAACCUUUACCUGCCAUCAUCUCAAUUCAUCACAAACCGAAAAAAAACCUCAAAAAAAAAAUCUUCAAUAGUAGUGGAGACUGGAGAGCUAGCUUUCUCCUCUCAUCUUCUCCUCCCUCUCUCUCUCCCUUCUUUCUCCCCCCAAUCAAACCCUAACCCUACUAGGCCGCGGCAUCGAUCGACAGCGCGCGCGAUGAGCGAUGAGAGAGAUGGGCAUGACCAGCCCAACGGCGCCUCCACUGCCAGCAUCGACUCGUUCUCGCAGCUGCCGUUCAUCCGCCCGGCCCGCGAGAAGAAGCCGCCGCCGCCGUCCGGCGGCUCCAGCCCUGCUGCGGCUGCGCCCAUCCGGCUGUUCGGCUUCGACGUGCCGCCGGAUGCUUCCACCGCGGCCUCCACCGCCACCGAUGUGAUUGAGGACAACAGAGAUAGAGCUGCCGUCGCUGCCGCUGCCGCCGCUGCUGCUGCUGAGGGGACUAAACAAACGGCGUCUGGUUCGGAAGCAAUCGGCGGCGGCGGCGGCGGUGGGAGCCGGAAGUUCGAAUGUCACUACUGCUGCCGGAACUUCCCGACGUCGCAAGCGCUGGGCGGGCACCAGAACGCGCACAAGCGGGAGCGUCAGCGCGCGAAGCACGCGCAGUUCCAGACGGCCAUGGCCAUGCACCACGGCCACGGCCAGUACUACCCGCUCCCGGACCCCUACGCCGCCUUCGCGGCGUACCCCAACCACCACCACCGCUUCGCCGCCAUGCCGCCUCCGCCGCACUACCCGUCAUGGGCUGGCUCCAGGUACUACAGUGGUCCGGGAUCCAUUUCGCAGCCGAUCAACGGAAACCCGGUGGCGCCGGCAGGGAUGUGGCGGCUCCCUGCCGCCAACUGCGUCGGCAUGGGGGCUACGGCGCCGAUGCCGGGCCGUCGGCCGGUGACAACUCCGUCGCUGCUCGGAGGAGAGGAGCCGGUGGUGUUAGGAGGAGCUGGCUCCACCUCGUUCUCGCCGUCGACAUCCUCGUCGUCAUCGUCAGCGUCGCCGCAUGAGCGGCGCGCAAAGCCGGUGCAUAAAGAGAAUGUGAGUUUGGAUCUGAGCUUGUAGCAGCUGAGGAAUUAUGGUCGGUGUCAGCCUCAUAAUUGUUUCUUAAUUACAAAACAAAAUCAAGUGUUUUUUUUCAUUUCACGCUUGGAUUUACUUUCACCUACUAAUAUAGUAGUAACUUCUCUUUGCGCAAAGCAUAAUUGCACCUCGAAAUUGUUCGAAUUCUUCAAAUUUUGCUCGGUCGGGAGAUUUAUUUUUGUUUCUGAAUUUUCCAUUAGUUAUGGUGAAACGAGUAUGUGGAUAUAUAGUUUUUGUUCUUAUAGUUGUUACCAUUUCAUUGUCUCAAAUAUCCCAUU